CGAACCAAAAAUGCCGAAUCUCACCCCGCUCUAGGUAGAUAAAUGCAGCGUAGCAGAAUGAAAGGCGGUUCCGGUAUGCGCAACCACAGUGCGCUGUAACUUCGUGCUUGCAACUAUCAACUAUAAACAGUUCGUUGUUGGCCCCUCGCGGAUUGAUGUAGCGGGCAGCCUGCUUGCCGAAACUCACCUGCCGCAAUGAUGCCGAGGCACGUCGCGUCUGCAUCAUCCGAGCCACAACGGGGCUGUGUGACCUUGGCUAGCCCGCUGGGCGGCAUAACAAUCGAACGUGGUACAUGGCUGGGAGCCUCCAGCCAGCAACCAGCCCAACGAUCGGUUUCAACGUAUAAAACCACCCCCGGGAGUCUUUGGUGCCGUCAGUCGUUUUGACGGUCAAGUUCAGAACAGUUUGCUCACCUGCGGAAAAGGUGACCCGAUUGCCGAUCAACAACCAUCAUGAGGAUCGUUGUAGCGCUGGUGGUUGUCCUAGUGGCGCUGGCCGUGGCCGACGCAAAGUGCAACAAGUGCAAUCACAACGAGUGCGAAUGUGAGCUGAAGAUUGCCCGCGGGCCAACGCCUCAAGUGUUCCCAUUUUUCAAGAAGAAAAAGUGCAACGUUACUAAGCCGCUGGAGCUGAAGCCGACGCCGGACGUUUGCUCCUGCGAACAGGAGUACCGCAUUCGUCCCUCCUGCUCGGAGCACAUCGAGCCGAAGUUUGCCAAGUCGCGAUCGUGCGAGUGUGGUUUCGAUCAUCAUCCAGCGCAACCGAAACCCAAAUAUUCCGUCGACAUGAUCAGCCAGCAGCUGGCCAUCGAGCACGCAAACAAGCAAAGAAUCCCGGAAACGGACCUGCACAUGUACAUUAACCCGAUGGCACCGCCACCGACGCCCAAGUGCGAUAGCAUCGCGGAGGAGCAACUGUACAAGCUGCACAAGCACGUGCUGGAGCUGAAGCCACCGAAGCGGAAGCGCGUCCACUAUCGCGUCCACUCCUCGGAGGAGGCGGAAGGGGCACCGUGCAAUCCGAAGGGUCAGAGCUACUAUGACAUCUGCUACGGCAAGGUGGAGGUGAAGGAGCCGAAGUUUAACUUGCGUCCGCAGGAUGGGCCAGUGUGUGACAACUGCCAGGACAAAUCGACGGCAGAGGAGAUGGACGAGUCGGAGGAGGACUAUUCUCCCGAGCAGCCCAUCAAGUACUGCUCGAAGUGUUCGAAGACUAAGAGCAAAUGUGGUUGUGCGACGUGUGCCAAUAGUUACGUCGAAGAGACGGAAGAGGACGACAGUCCGUACUUCCGUCGGGCACGCUCUUCCGAUGAUGGCGUAUCGGGGCUGGUAGUCUAGGAUGUGAAUGGGAGGGCAGACUAUUUCGCUGAUUUCCUGUUGUGAUAUGCUAGUAUAAACCUAGUGGUUUGCUGUUCCACAUUUGCAUACAUGCUUGUACAUAAUAACAAGAAAAUAUAAUGUUUUUGUGAUAAUUAUA